AGACCGACGACCCCCUCACAAAGAUGAACAGUUAUUUGAGAUUCAUAUCGUGGAACAGAAGAGAUGUCGAACUCAUUUGGACGGGCAUCUACGAGGAUGAGGACGGCAGCGGACGGAAGGCGACAGUAGCCGCACCCAUAUACAGCCCUAAAAUACCGUCGCCCGAUGGAGCUGAGGACAUUCCAGGCCAGCUAGUUGCAGUUGUGGCAUUGGACAUUGGCGUAGGCGAACUAGGGGAGAAUGCUGACAUCACCGUCCAACAGCGGACCAGCAACAAUGGAGCCACAGUGUGCAAGCCCGUCGAACUCACUGACUGUCAAUCGCAG